AUGAAUCAAUCUUUAUCAAAUCGAAAAUUUCAUUCAUUUAAUUCUAUAAAUUCUUAUCAAACAUAUGAAAUAUGUCGUCAACAAUCACAAUGUUAUCUACUUAUUCCACCACCACAACCACCAAUAUUUCCACAACUUAUUGUUAAUAAUUUAUUACCUACAUUAACAAAUCAUCAACAACAAACACAGUCAUUUUUUAUUACUCUGAGUAUAUUUAUUACAUUGAUUUCUAUUGGUCUUCUAUUUUUACUCGGUAUUAUUUUUCAAUUUUAUCGUAAAUUACGACAACGUCAUCGUCAAACAAAACGUACUAAUAUUAGUGAUGGAUUGAUAUCAUUCUCAAAGAUCAUUCCAACCUCAUAUAAUUCUUUAACACCAUUAACUACUAUAACAAACCAGUCACCAUCAUCAGCAAUGACGAACGUAUUUAAUCGAAGUCUUCAACAAAAUUUACCAUCUGACGAUCAAUUAUCUUAUCAUAAUCAUACAACAAAUACUUAUGAGAAGAUUCAAUUAUCCUCAGAGUAUCACUAUUGUUCUUGUUGUAUAUGUGUUCACACAUACUCUAAACCACAACAACGACAACAAUCAAAUAUUUCUACUACACAUCAAUUGACGCCAUAUUAUUAUAAAUGUGAAUCGUCAUCAUCGAAAAUCGUUUGUCAAAAGUGUUUAUUAGAAAAUUUACAUCGUAAACAAAACUGUUUUUGCCAUAAUUUCUUUAUACCGAUUAAAUAG